UCAACGGAAAAAAAGAGCCGCCUUUUGAUUGUAAGUAACUCCGGUCAAAAGUUCUGAUCAGAGCUAAUCUUACCGACUACGCGGUAACACGAAAAAGAUAAAACAGUGAAUUCAAUUUCUUUAUUCUUUUCAUCUUUUCUAAUUUAAACUGAAAAGUCCAGUCACAAAUGUGAAAAAAAUCUGCCAAAAAAAGUCCACGUCUCUUAUGUCUUCAGUCCCAGUCCAGUCCAGUCCAAGUCUCUUACGCUUUCAGUCCCAGUCCGGACUUGGACUUGCCCAUCUCUGCACUUUCCAAUCAUUUUAAUUGUUAUCCCAAACCCGUUUUGGCAUCCGACGUGUUCUAGUCCAAACCCGAAUCGGCCGCGGGCGUGGUCAUGCAAUUCAAAAUAAAUUUUUACACAUUUUUGAAUUUUUAGUUUACAUCCGUUUUGGAGGUGGACGUAUAGCAUUCAUUCCUCACGUAUAUAUAUAUUUCAUUCAUUUAAACAAAGGGGUAAAAUUCCAACCGAUCGGAUCGGAUCGAUCCACCGUUAUCGUGCAAACUAUAGGAUUCGUUAUUAUCUGAACUAAUGGUUGUGAUUGUACUGGUGAUGAUGAUGGUUGAACAUUAGUUCUUUUUUGUUUGUUAUUUUUCUUUACAAAUUCUUUCAUUAAUGAACAAUUCAAUUUUUUUAUAUGUUUAUAAAAAUUUGACAAUUGAAAUUUAUUAUCCUUUUUCGUUAGUGAGAAAUUUGGGCCACAUUUACAUGUAUUUAUUGCUUCUAAAAUAUUAUGAUUAUCAUGUAAUUUUAAUGUAAAUUUUUCCCCGCCUCUUGAUUGAAAAGCAUCUAAACCAGAGUUUUCUUUAUUAUCUAAACACCAUUGUUUAAUUAAUUUUUUAAUAUAAAAUCUUUAUGUUCAUGUAUUGUCAUUGUUGGUGAAAUGGAGGAACUGAAUUAGUUGGAACUGGUGCUGGGUUAAAAAAGAUGAUGAUGAUGAUGAUGGGGUGUAAUUACUAGCAACUGUUGUUAUGGUUGUUUGUUGUUUUGAUUUUGAUUUUGUCUGUUUCAUUAUUUCUUCAUUCUUUUUCAACAAUAGUUUUUUUAAAUAUUUAAUAUUUGCUCUAAUACCAGCUUUAAAAGAUAUGAACCAUUCGUUUAAUGCGUGGAUUCUUUGCGUCUUUUCCAAAUAUGAAAUUACACCAGCGACCAGAAGCAUUUGAAAUACAUUUACCAUCAAAAUGGCCGUGGUUUUAUCUUCGACGACAAUAAUUAUUAUUAUUUCUACAAGAUCCUACACAUUUAGCUACAAAGUGGAGAAAUCGUUUAUUAUGUUCAACAGCACAACUAAUGAUGGGUCCACAGUUAAUUUCCAUAGAGCAUUUACAAGAUAUUAUUGAUAGUAAUGCAUAUUCUAAACUUGAUCAUGGUCUUGUUCGGACAGAUAUUAAUCUUAAAGACAGACAAAAUUAUCGUUCUUGUGAAAAACUGACAUCAAAUGAUUUGUUAAAUAUUGUACGUAAUAAUCCCAGUACAUCAGGAACAUUUGUUAUCUUUAAUCAUAACCCUGUUUAUUAA